AUUUUAUCUUGAAAUGGAACCAUGGCAUUGCCCAUUCAGUGCUGGAGGAAAUUAUUUAACGAAACACAGGAAAAAGCGUACCGGCAAUGCACAAACAGGGAGCACAGAGCAGAGUGAGUGGAAACCAGUUAUGGGUAAACAGCAAGCAGGAAAUGAAUAUUGAUGUUCUUGUGAAGCAGUAAUGGAAAACGUUUUAUUGGAAGAAGAGGAUGACUGCCCUGAGCUGGUUCCUAUUGUGCAGGCCGAUCAAAUACCGGUGACUAUAAUUACAGGAUAUUUAGGAGCUGGAAAGACAACUCUUUUGAAUUACAUAUUGACAGAGCAGCACAACAAGAGGAUUGCAGUUAUUCUGAAUGAAUUUGGGGAAGGAAGUGCCCUGGAGAAAUCGUUAGCAGUAAGCCAAGCAGGAGAACUUUAUGAAGAGUGGCUGGAGCUCAGAAAUGGCUGUCUUUGCUGUUCCGUAAAGGACAAUGGACUGAAAGCAAUUGAGAACCUUAUGCAGAAGAAGGGUAAAUUUGACUAUAUCCUAUUGGAAACCACUGGGCUAGCAGAUCCAGGAGCUGUGGCCUCUAUGUUUUGGGUCGAUGCUGAACUAGGAAGUGAUAUUUACCUUGAUGGUAUUGUAACAGUUAUAGAUGCAAAAUACGGCAUGCAGCAUUUAACAGAAGCAAAACCGGACGGACUUAUCAAUGAAGCAGAAAGGCAGGUUGCACUGGCAGAUCUUGCUAUCAUCAAUAAAACAGACUUGGUGGAAGAAGAAGUGCUGAAUCAGCUGAAGGAAGUUGUCCGAUCUAUAAAUGGGCUUGUCAGAAUUCAAGAAACGCAGAAGUCAAGGGUUGACCUCUCCAAUGUAUUAGAUCUGCACGCAUUUGAUGGCAAAACUGGUGCAAGUUUGCAGGAAAAACUGCAUCAUGUGAAAACAACACGACCGCAUCUAGACAAGAGUAUCAUUACUGUUACAUUUGAAGUACCAGGGAGCAUUUCAGAAGAACGUUUAAAUGUGUUUAUUCAGAACCUUCUGUGGGAAAAGAAUGUUAAAGACAAGACUGGCAGCGCAAUGAAUGUGAUAAGACUUAAGGGGCUAGUAUCAAUAAAGGAUAAACCACAGCAGAUGAUCAUCCAGGGCGUUCAUGAGCUAUAUGAUCUUGAGGAGACUCGAGUGGCGUGGGAUGCUGGAGAACAAAGAACAAAUAGACUGGUAUUUAUAGGCAAACAUCUGGAUAAAGAUGUCCUAGAGCAACUGUUUAUUACAACUGUGCUAAACCAAGAAGAGAGUGGUUAAAGAGAAAAUUCCCUGUUGAUUCUCAAUUUUUAAGUUUUUAUUUAUUUAAAAUUCCAAUAAAAAACAAACAUCUGUUUUCUUCUAUUAAAUGUUGCCUCUUAUGUAAUACAUUAAACAAAUUCAUUUGAAAUUAUGCAAGAGUUAAAUCAGUAAAGAAUAAGUCAUUAAAGUGUCUCUCUUACCUGUUCAUUAUAGGUUGUCAAAUGAACUACAGGUUACAGGAAUAAAUAAUACGUCAUCCCUGUAA